AUGGCGGUGCAAUCAACCCUUCGGAACCUAGACGAUCCUCUCGUCGCGCUCUAUCGGCACUACGCCCAGCUACUUCGCACUCGCCUGCAACAAACGUCCAAGACCAGGAAACUGAUCGCAACGCUGUCUUUACUGUUGGCCAUCCUUGGAUCGAGCUAUGGCGGCUAUACUUGGCUUCGCAAGCGGUCCACGGAGCAUGCACAGGGAAGGCGUAUGCUGCGGAGGAAUUCAGGCAUUCGGGGAAAAGACGGGUCAAGAAUUAUCUAUGUUCCCUACAAGGACAAUCUGACCUCCAAAGUCAUCAUCCACCCCACAAAACCAACCACAUUUGACGCCCACCGACGACUGUUUCUUAAUCCACCGCGAGCAGCUGGUCUUGGGAGUGGAGAUUCCAUCUCCCAAAUCCCUCCGCCGUCGACAAAGCCGGGGUUAAACCUGGCCUUUCUGCACCAGUUUCUCAGUCUCAUGAGCAUAAUGAAUCCGCGGUGGCAUUCGAAAGAAACCGGUCUUUUGAUGAGUCAUGGUGCAUUCCUCCUGCUGAGGACGUAUCUCUCGCUCAUCGUCGCACGGUUGGAUGGAGAGAUUGUCCGAGACCUAGUUGCUGGCAGAGGCCGGGCUUUUAUUUGGGGGCUGCUCAAAUGGUGUAGCAUUGGGACAUUUGCUUCUUAUACGAAUGCUAUGAUUCAGUUCCUACAGUCCAAGAUAUCCAUUGCAUUUCGAACACGUCUGACAAGAUAUAUUCACGAUCUCUAUCUGAGUGAAAACAGAAACUAUUAUAAACUAACAAACCUAGACGGCGCCGUGGGCCAGGGAGCCGACCAGUUUAUCACCCAGGACUUGACUCUUUUCUGCGCCUCUGCUGCUGCCUUGACAUCCUCGCUGGGAAAACCAACAGUUGACCUGAUAUUCUUCACGUACCAACUCUACCGGGGUCUAGGUCCACUGGCCCUGACUGGUAUUAUGAGCGGCUACUUUACGACCGCCACUGUCCUCCGUCGGCUUUCCCCACCAUUUGGCAAAUUGAAAGCCGUUGAAGCCAAACGCGAGGGUGAUUUCAGAGGUCUACAUUCCCGUCUUCUGGCCAACGCUGAAGAAAUAGCCUUCUAUGGAGGUGCCGACAUUGAAAAGGUUUUCCUAUCAAAGAGCUUCAAGGAUCUCCAGCGGUGGAUGAAAGGUAUCUACAGCCUCAAAAUCCGGUACAAUAUGCUCGAAGAUAUGAUUUUGAAGUACACAUGGUCUGCGUUCGGAUAUCUUUUCACAUCGAUACCAAUUUUUCUCCCCGCUUGGGGAGGCGUGGGUGGUAGGCAAGAGUUGGCUGAUUUCGCAGAAGAGGAUAGCCGAGAGCGUGGUCGCAUGAAGGACUUCAUCACCAACAAACGCUUAAUGUUGUCUCUGGCCGAUGCUGGAGGGCGAAUGAUGUACAGCAUCAAGGACGUCUCGGAACUAGCCGGGUAUACUUCCCGCGUCUACACGUUGAUAUCAGCGUUGCACCGGGUGCACGCCAAUGCCUACUACCAACCUCGCGGGACUCACCCGGAGCUGUUCUCUCUCUCCGAUGUCCAGGGUACUGUGCAUAGUGGAUAUGAUGGUGUUCGUUUAGAGCAAGUUCCUGUCGUUGCCCCGUCGCUUUAUCCACAAGGUGGUGAUGACCUUAUUGAGUCACUCUCGUUCAUCGUACAUUCUGGCGAGCAUCUCCUUGUCUGUGGGCCUAACGGAGUGGGCAAGUCAUCCAUCUCUCGCAUCGUGGCCGGGCUCUGGCCAGUAUAUCGGGGUCUAGUAAGCCGACCGAGAAACUUCGGCAUGGAUGGGAUUAUGUUUCUUCCUCAGCGACCUUAUUUGAGCGUUGGGACUCUGCGCGAUCAGGUCAUCUACCCUCAUAGUGAGAUGGACAUGCGUGAAUAUAGUCGGACAGAUAUCGAGCUUGCUAAAAUCCUUGAAGAAGUGCACUUGGGCUAUCUGCCGGCGCGCGAAGGCGGUUGGGAUUGCCGCAAGGAGUGGAAGGAUGUCCUGAGCGGCGGCGAGAAGCAACGAAUGGCAUUUGCACGACUUUUAUAUCAUGAACCGCGCUAUGCUUUCAUCGACGAAGGCACCUCUGCCGUCUCGUCCGAUGUUGAAGGUUUACUGUACGAACGAGCAAAGGAGAAAGGCAUCACGCUCAUCACGAUUUCGACGCGAGCCUCGCUUAAGAAAUACCACACCUUCCAGCUUACGCUCGGGCUUGGACUGAGCGGGGAUGAGUGGGAAUUCGACAAGAUUGGCACGGAGAAGGAGAAGAUGGGCGUGGAAAAGGAACUGCAGGAGUUGCGCAAACGGCUCGACAACGUUGAGACCUGGAACAAGCGUCGAGAAGAGAUUGAGAGCGAGCUGCAGAAGGUGUGGGUGUCUGAGGGCGAACUUGCACCACCUCCACAUAAGGCUUCGGAUGAGCAGACGUGA